AUGUCCGUUCGCACACAAUUCGCCUUUCGGACGUUGAAGGGCAUCGGCGUGGUCAAUGGUGCACCCAGCUACGAGCCUCUUCCCGGUUUCGAAAAACCUCAAGGAAAUCUUCGUUGCUGCGUGUAUUCGCCCUGUGGCCGGUAUUUUGCAUGGGCCGCUCCUGAGAGCGUCAGCAUCAUCAAUGCCGACACCGGAGCUAUCAUUUCCACUCUACCCGCCGAGAAUGUGUUCGAACUAGGCUUUUCGCCGUUGGGCACCUACGUGAUCACCUGGCAACGGCCCUCGAAGGACGAGAAUGGCGACGCCGUCAAGAACUUGAAAGUGUGGUUGGUCAAUGACGAGAAGGCGGCCGCAGAAGGUGUUGACAAGGAGCCCGUCGCGAGAUUUGUCCAAAAAUCACAGACUGGUUGGAACUUGCAGUACACCUAUGAUGAGGCCUUCUGUGCGAGAGUGGUCACGAACGAAGUCCAAAUCUACGAAAGCCAUGACCUGACCAAUGUCUGGAAUAAGAUCCGCGUUGAAGGUGUGGCGGACUUUGCGGUCUCACCGGGGAAGAAUCAUGCCAUUGCCGUGUUUGUGCCGGAGAGAAAGGGCCAACCCGCUGCUGUUCGAGUCUAUUCGGUGCCGAACUUCACCAAUCCAGUGUCCCAGAAGAACUUCUUCAAGGGUGACAAAGUGCAGUUGAAAUGGAACGACAACGGAACUUCCUUGAUCGUGCUGGCGCAGACCGAGGUUGACAAGACCGGUAAAAGUUACUAUGGAGAAACCACCCUCUACUUGCUCAGCGCCAAUGGUGGCUUCGAUUCGAGGAUCGAUCUUGACAAGGAAGGCCCUAUCCACGAUGUCGCCUGGUCGCCGAAAUCGAAUAGCUUCGCCGUUGUCUAUGGUUACAUGCCGGCCAAGACAGUCAUCUUCAACGCCAAAGCUCAGCCUGUGCACAGCUUCCCCCUGGCACCCCGAAACACCGUUUUGUUCUCGCCCCACGGGCGCUUUGUACUUGUGGCUGGUUUCGGCAAUUUGGCUGGACAGAUGGACAUUUACGACUUGGAGAAGGAUAUGGCAAAGAUUUGUACCAUUGAAGCCAGCAACGCAAGUGUGUGUGAAUGGUCACCAGAUGGGCUACACAUCUUGACUGCGACGACAUCGCCUCGUCUGAGAGUCGACAAUGGCAUUCGCAUUUGGCACGCUGGUGGGCCCCUGAUGUACAACGAGGACAUGAACGAGUUGUAUCAUGUCUGCUGGAGACCACAACCUGCGUCACAACAUCCUUUGCCUGCCAAUCCUUUCUCACCCAUGCCGGUGCCACAUCCUAGUGCAGUGGAAUAUAUGGCGGCGAGAAAGACCCCCAGUAAACCAGCAGGUGCUUAUCGACCUCCAGGGGCACGUGGUCAGGUGACUCCUUUGGCUUUCAAGCGUGAGGACGAGGGAGGCGCUGCGUAUGUCCGAGGUGAAGGCGUGUCAUCAUUUUCCAACAGCGUCAACGGAUUUGGCAAACCUCGACAACGCAUCGUACCUGGUGCUGAACCCGUUGAAGGCAAGGCCCCAUUGCCACCUGGCGCAGCGCCCGGCGGUGGCGUGAGCCUGACUGGAACCGGAGAAGGAGCCGACGACGAGCAUCUGUCAAAGGCCGCAAAGAAGAACGCCAAGAAGCGAGAGGCCAAGAAGGCUGCCGCCGCCGCUGCAGCUGCCAAAGGGGAGAGCGGGACUGGUACAACAGGAACGGCGAAUCUGGCCGCGCCGGAACACCGAGGGAAAAGUGAAAGUCGGAGCCCCGACGGCCGAGGUCAUCAACGCAGUCGAAGCCGAAACUAUGUGCCUCCUCCCCCUGGCCUGGAGCCACCGACGGGACCGAAAAAGGAACGCAGUCGAAGCAACAGCAGACGACAACGUCGCGACUCGACGCACAAUCAUGCUAACGGCACACCCAAAGGACCCGCCGCCCAAUCGAAGCAGCCACGCAACGGUGCUCCUACAAACAUCAACACCACGGCGCCCACUAACGCUGCUUCACAAGCCCAACAAGCUCCGCCCGAGUUGGAGGUUACUAGCCCCGUCACUCCCGGAGGUAGCUCUCAAGACAAGAAGGUGCGAGGACUCUUGAAGAAGAUUCGGGCCAUUGAAGAUCUCAAGAUGCGGUUUGCCGGCGGUGAGAAACUGGAGGACACGCAGAUGAGAAAGAUCUCGACCGAAGACGCUGUCAGGAAGGAACUGGCUGGGUUGGGGUACAAUGGUUGA